AUGGUAGAAAGCGUCGGCGCAAGGGUCAGCAAUGAUCAACAGGAAGCUGACGUUCUCUUCAUGGUCAGAUCCAGUCACCUCCAUCGAAACUCUCCGACCAACAGAGCUCGGUUGAUUCCUCCCCUCGGCGUAUCUCUCCACCAGCCUUUGGCCACUCAAGCAGAGAUUGAUAGCAGCGCGGAGAAUCGUCGUCCUCACCGAGCUUCUUGUCUGGACAGCUCAGAGCACCGGAGUUGCUCACACUCACAUGACAGUCCCAACUAUCGACUCAAUGCUGCCGAAAGAGACACCUCGACCCCUCUCUACGAGCCCAACACGUGCGCUGCGUUCAAGAGACGUAGCGUCUGCAAUGAGCAUCGAAACCCAUCGAGCAAGGUGAAGGUCUUCGAAUACAGGCACAUCGGCGCAAUGCAGACCUCUUUCACCUUGCUUCAUAUGUUUGCUGCUGUCCUCAGUGUCUCAAUGGUCAACGCAAGUGCUCGUUGCAAUCUCUCCUCAGAUUGCAGGGGCUGCCACCGAUCGGGGAACGCAGCACGAUGCAGUGCCGGCUUUUGCGUCGUUGAAAGUCGAGAGCUACGAGGGGGUCGCUGGUUUGUGCAAUCUGCGUCUUGUUCACAGGAGCAGAAAGGCACCUCCCCUUCUACAGUUCGUCCAGAGGGAAUACCUGCUGAGUUUGCUUUGGAUGAGAAGGUUGAGACGCAUUUGCGAUUGCACAAAAAGCAUCAAGCACUUCAUGGGCAGAACGUGGCGGAGAGGAGAAGCUACCAGCUAAGAUCAUCUAUUCAGUGGAAGUUCCCUCCAACCAGCGAUUCGGUCGCCAUCACAGUGGGGAUGUACAUCGGAGUCUCCGUGUUCAUUGUCUGCCUCAUCGUGUGCCUUUGCAGAGCCUGCAGGACAAGGAAAGGUGAAGGGCAUGAACGAAAGGACGUGGCCAAGGCUCGCAAACGAGCGAUGACUUACCGCAAGCAGAUGGAGACGAAGAGCAGGAAGAAGCCUGUCGUCAUAACAGAAGUGGAGCUCGAUCCAACCUCAGAGAAAUGCCAGGAAAUCCUAUCAGAAGAUUUUGGUCAGCUUCCUCCAAUCCUACCCAAAUCGUUGACAAAGCUGGAGUGGAGCAACGUUGCGGAUGAUGACAUGAAGUCGAAACGGCCGCAGACUCUGAGGAAAGCUCUGCCGCCCUCCAUCAAGAUCCCCGGAAGGUUUUGUGACAGCGCUCCACCCAGUCCAUCGGAUAUUGUACAUUUUGAGAAUUCUCCCAAUGCAGCAGCGAUGGCAGGAAAGCAAGAUGGAAGGAGUCUCGACAUAACAGUCUUCACCCCGCGCAAUGCUUUACUUCACUUGUACUCUUCAUCCGGGGGGAAGCUCACAGCUUCACCGACAAAGCCGAUGACGAGCAGGCAGGAGGUCGAGCAGGAGAAGCAUCCGCUGAGGUUGAUGAGUUUUAGCUGCUCCAUGGGGAGCAACCUGCAGUAUGACGCGGAAAUGGACUCCAACAAAGCGAAGGAGGAGGCGGGUGUGAAUGUGGCGGAAGAAAUAUGCAGCCCUUCCAGGUUGCAGGUCCUGGUGCUGCAUGAGAGAUCCGACUCGAUAAGGACAGACACUCCUUCCGAGGCCUCUACCUUUGUCAAGUCCAACUGUUCUGACUCCUCAGAGGAAUGA